UGCCGAUGAACACUGUCCAAUCGGCCCCGCUUGAGGACGUACGUCAAAAAUUAAAUAAAAAAAUUAAAAAAAGAUGAAGUUUAUCAUAUUAUUAAGUGUUGUGGCUGUAGCAAGAUGUGUGCCUUUGGCUCAAGAAGAUUCAGUGAUGAAAUCGGUGAUAGGAAACUUUGUGAAUUGCAUGAACAGUGAUUUGAAUAUGUGCUUGAAGGAACAAGCUUUAAAAGCUACCGAGAGGCUCGGCACAGUGAGAAAGCUCAACAUUAUUGAAGGAGUCACUCUUUACAACAACGGUCCUAAAGAAGCUAGAAGCUUGGAACCUUUAGCCACCGAUCCUGAACUGAGAAGCAAACAGAUUAACGAAAGACUUUGGGAAAGCGCCACAGAUUUACUGACAAAAAGUGAUUUAGAACUCAGUUUCAACGGCUCUGAUGACGAUGAUGAAGAAUCCAGGUCCCUUGAUGAAGCUGAAGGCCGUGGAAAGAAGAAGAAGCAGCUCAAGAAGAAGUUGAAACUCCUCAUUCCUCUUGCCAUCUUAGCCAAGGUUAAAGCUGUUGCCAUCGCUAUAUUAGCACUUGUAGUUAUCGCCGCAUCCGUAUUCAAGCUCGCUGUUAUCGCUAAGAUUGCGUUUAUCGCCAAAGUUAUCGCCAUUGUGAAGGCUCUUAUCGCCAAGAAGCAUGCUCAAGAAGAGCAUACCUGGGUCACUGCUCACGAGGAACAUCCACCCCAUGGAGGUUGGGAUGGUGGUUGGUCCCGUUCUAAAAACGACGCUAGUAACUUAGCAUACUCCGCGUAUAGUCCAUAGAAUACAACCAAAUAAUUUAUUCCGGGUAAAAAAAAAUCGAAGCUAUUUUUUGU